AUGGAAGACGAGAUGUUUCAUUUCGAGGAAGACGACGACGAAUAUCAAACCUCUAGCGAUGAAUACAGCGACGAGACUGAAAGUCAACCAUGGGAUCGACGCAACAGGAGAAAUAGAAUUGCGAAUUCAGAAGAACAGGCUUUGAGAGAUAUUCCUGCAGAUGUCUUUUUGAGCACUAUCGAUCUUUCCAGUGGUCCCACUGUUAAGAUUUUUCUUGGUACUGGAGAUGGCUUGAAAAAUCACCAACAACAACAGCAGCAGCAGCAGCAAGCGCUCAUUCUACCUAAAGCUCUGCUUUGUACACAUUCAGCAUUUUUCAAUCAGGCUUUUAAUGGUAAUGGUAACGGUAAUGAGAAUAUCAACAAAAACCUCCCCUUACCUCAAGAACUACACCUCCCAGAAACAUCCCUCACAGUCUUCCAACUAAUCAUCCAAUUCCUCUCGACCAACACCUUCACAUUCCCCCACACCAUCACAACCCCCUCUGAAAAACAAACCCUAUACCUCCACUUCUUCACCCACCACCGAACCCUCCAAAUCCAAACCCCACCGCUCACCCCCAUUCUCACGCACUUCAAAACGCACCUCCGCCACUCCUCCAACAGAGGCGAAUUUCCCUCACGCAUGCACAUACAAAAAGCACUCCAACUCCCUCGUUCCCACGAAGCCCGCAAACUAUGUAUAGCCGCCUGCGUAAAACCCUACGCGUAUUCCAUCACGAAAUCAAGUACGUGUUAUGGACGCGCGCUGUUUCAUUUGGAGGGAUUGAUGGAGGAAUCGGAUGAGUUUGCUGCGGAGUUGGUGAGGGGGUAUACGAAGGCUGUUAGGGGGGCGUUGGGCGCGCAUACAAUUGUGGAUCCGUUGACUGCGGCGCCGUAUUUGAUUUCAACGGGGGUGGCGUGUUUGGUGGAGAGGAGUAGGGGGGUGCCUGGGAGGAGGUGUGCUAGUCAUUUGGAGGGGUUUUGA